AUGACUGGUGAAGAUAAUUGGCAGACGAAACUCCUAACGAUUGUCGAGAGAACAACGCUUAUGUUCAAUAAUGAAUUGUUGAGCGAUGUAAAAUUUGUUGUUCCAGUAUCGAAUGGCGAAGGUGAAAGAAAGAUGGUGAUUCCAGCUCACAAGUUUGUGCUUGCAAUCAGUAGCCCUUUGUUUUUUACUAUGUUCUAUGGUCAAAUGGCAGAGACUAAAGACUCUGUUGAACUGCCUGACUGUAAUUACGAGAGUCUGUUGGAGUUGUUUCGUUUCUUGUACACCGACAGAGUGAAUUUAACCGGAAGUAAUGUGAUGCAGGUGUUUUGCUUAGCGAACAAAUAUAUGGUGUCCUCGCUCGCACAGAAAUGUGCAGAAUAUCUGCGAGAAAACCUGAAAGCAUCCAACGUCUUUUGCAUCCUUCCAUACGCUCGGAAAUUGAAAGAUAAACAUUUAGCAGAUCGAUGCUGGAACGUGAUCGAGAUGCAUACAGAAGAGGCUGUGACGUCAGACGAAUUUGUUACAGUUGAGCGAUCUGUGCUUAAAUCUGUUGUGAAGAGGAGAAAGUUAAAGGUAAAGGAAGUGGAACUGUUCAAAGCUGCUGAUCAUUGGGCUACAAAAGAAUGUGAAAGGCAAGGAGUAAUUCCUGUUGGAGAAAUGAAGCGACAAAUUCUUGGAGAAGAUAUUGUAAAGGCAAUAAGGUUUCCACUGAUUUCACAGAAGGAGUUCGUGUCAGCUGUGAUUGAUUCUCAAAUUCUUACUCUUGAUGAGGUUGGAACCAUGAUGAAACACUACUGUGGCGUUCUAAAGUCGCCUUUGCCAUUUAAGAAAACCAGAAGGGGUAAACUCUUUCAUCUGCGAAGUAACCGAUUUCAGAAGUUUAGUAGUGGCUGUUACUAUAGUAAAGCCGAUAGUAUCAAGUUCACUGUCAGCAAACCAAUCAUGUUACGUGGAGUUCAAUAUUUUGGCUCAAAACAUGGCAAGCACACUGUUUUUACAGAAGUUAAAGAUACCGUCCUAAACUCUUGUCUUGGAAAAGAAUCAGGAACUUAUCACUCAAAAAAGGACGCUUGGAACAACUAUCAUGGCUUCGAUGUAUUAUUUGAGUCUGCACUGUGUUUGGAAGCAAAUAAACAAUACACGUUAGUGUCAGUUUUCAAAGCUCUCAUUUCAUGGUACGGACUUGAGGGACAAACAACAGUUGAAUCCGGAGGAGUGCAAUUCACGUUUAGUGAAUCAAAUUGUGACUUCAAUAAUACUUCAGUGACCAGGGGACAGUUUCCGGCUCUUAUUUUCAGCUAGCUUUUGUGGAUAAAAUUUUCUAACAGCUCCAUAUGGAGAGAUACCUUGCUUUAAUUUUGUUUUUCUGAAAGAAUUGAAACUUGUUAAACAAUAAAAAUAGAACUAUAUUUUAUUUGAAAUAUUGUAAGGGUCUCCCUGUAUUGGUGAUGGGAAAAAGGAAUGGAAAUAUUAUAUUUCUUUAAGCCAUGCGAUACAAAAAAUUAUAAUAACCAGGUUGAUCAUUUCUUAUUCCUUUUGGCGGUCUCAUCUACAUCUCAUCUACAUAAGUACAAUUUCUUUCACCUUUUUCUUAUUGUGGUUGUGAAUUUGACGUGGAGACAGAUGUUUUUGCGUACACUGCGGUUUGCUGCUAGUUACCAGUAUAUUUUCAUUAUGUUGCUAAAAAAAUAAUUAAGUACUAAGAAAAUUACUCUACCCUAUAAAAUUGAUCCCGUACAGGACUUUCCUGGAAAUAACCCUCCUUUAUACUUUUAUAGAUUUAAUACUCUCGUUUUUAGGCUAAAUCCAUGUCGAAUUCCCGAUCAGGAAAAAUAGUUUUCAGUUUUUAAUUUAACACGUUCGACACCUCUUUUUCUUAGAGGUGAUUUAAGGUGUAAACGUGAAGUACUUUUAACUGCCGCACUGAAUUUGUAAUUGGAUAACUUAUGCGAAUUUCUCACAGGGGCGUUACCGUGGGUACGCUCUUUCUUCUCCGAAUUUUGUGUUUACUCUGCUGUUAGGCAACAACCUUCUUUUAAGAUACCUUUGCAAGUAUGAUUUUAAUCCUGUUACUAAGUUUAUGAUAAUUUUAAUAUUAUCAAUCUUGCUUCUGUUCUGGCCGAUCUCAAUCGUAAAUGUAAGAAAUUUAAGGUAGAAAAUGAUUUUGUAACUGCGUAAACGACUCGAAGACGCAAACUUAUUAUGCAGGGUCUCUCGUACGUAACUUAACGUGAUUCGCUGGUUGAGAUAGAAUGAUGACAAUAGAAGAAGAUUGACAGCUUAGUAGUGUCACCUUUAGUGCCACCUUUAUAAGCUGGUGCACAGCAUCUUUCAAUCAGAAAGAGCAGAAUAGAGCAGAGUUGAGUUUUGUUAAAAGGAAUAAGCUGAACUGUAUUGAGUAAGGUCAAGACUGGACUAGUCCCCGUAAGAAGAAAAUUGUACCAGUAGUUCAAGCCAGAAAAUAAAAGAAUUCAACCGAGUGUUAAAGAAAUCGUCUAACAAUAUUUCGUCUUGUUUAAACUGGUCAAGCUUUUUUUUUUCUCAUACCAGUAAUGAGUGACAUGUUGCCAUUCAAAAUUAGAUCGAGGUCCUAUGUGUCAAUUAGUCACGCCAAAAUCGUUAGUGUCCAAAACUCAGAUUAGUACCGCAUUCAGAUCGAUACCAACGUUCUAUCAACCUACGGCACAAAUUUUUGACUCGACGAGGAUGUGUUUCAUCCACUUCGUCAAAUGAAGAAUUCGAAUAAAACUUAGAUCACACCAUGGCAAUGAUUACCGGAGAAAAAUGGCAGACAAAUCCCCCAACUCUCAUAGAAAGAAAUUUGUUUGUCCCGAACAACGAUUUUUAAAUUGUGAGAGCAAUCCCUCUUUUCUAAAGUGAACCGAUUCGAGUUAAACGAAAUCGAGGAGAGAAAAUAAUUAGACAAAAAAAUAAAAAGAAAGCUAUUUGGUCUUAGUCAGGUAGAGCUGAACUAAAAGUAGUACCGUAUUCAGAUCGAUACCAACGUUCUAUCAACCUACGGCACAAAUUUUUGACUCGAUAAGAAUGUUUCAUCCACUUCAUCAAAUGAGGAAUUUGAAUAAAACUUAGACCACACCAUGGCAAUGAAUACUGUAGAAAAAUGGUAGACAAAUCCCCCAACUCUCAUAGAAAGAAAUUUGUUCGUCCCGAACAACGAUUUUUAAAUUGGAAGAGCAAUCCCUCUUUUCUAGAGUGACCCGAUUCGAGUCAAACGAAAUCGAGGAGAGAAAAUAGCUAGACAAAAAAAAUAAAAAGAAAGCUAUUUGAUCUUAGUCAGGUAGAACUGACAGUAUUUAAUUUACAACUAACAAGCCAAUCAUGGUAGGGAGAAAUGUCUCUUAAAUCCAGAGGAGCGAAGGUUGAUUUCAUGCCCUCAGUGGAGAGUAGCAGUCAACCCCAAUUUCCAUCUUUCAUGUUUAGUCGAAGCUCUAAGCAUAGGUGGAAAUUAGGUGGAGACUCCCCCCUAGUAAAUUACAGCGAAACUUAAGCGAUUGAUGAGGAUUUAGAGCCUAUUACUGUUCACAGAAACCUGUUCCAGGUGAUCAGUCAGGAAAGAAAAGUAGCGAAAUAGCAAACGGUGCGCCAGUAGCGGAGGAGUGAAGAGGCGAGGGAGGCUUGGGUCAUAACGGCACCCGACCCAAGCCACGCUUGUGUUUUCACUCUUCCUCUACUAUGUCGUUAUUUAGUAUCGCGCGCCGUUUUAUUAACUGAACGCCCGGAAUAGGCUAUGUUCAAUGGCUUUCGAAUUGAUGUAUAUGGGGCAAAAUUAGCUGUGCUGUAUUAAUUUAUAGCCUGAACAUAGAAAAAGGAAAGGCACAAAAGAAUAAAAACAAGGCGGCUAAAAAUGAAAUUCUCUCGAAUAUCAAGAAUCCACGCGCAAGAUUUAAUAACGCUGGGGAAAAUUGUAAAACGUUUUCAUCAAUUAUCGCACGUCAUAUAAACUACAACUUUGGAAAUUGCGCUUUUCUUUGUUUUUUUCUUCUGUUUUAAACAUGUGAUAAAAAUCAAGUCACUUUGAGGGCUGAUAGCCUGUAAAAUCGCACCUAUACGUUAUCUAACUGCUAUCAUUUGCUAUCAAUAAUCGUGACCGUGGGUUCACUUUUCCCGAAUUUUCAACUAUUCUUUCCCUCUCAAAAUUCGACACCCUUUCCACCAGAAAGUGAAGUUGCCCACCCAUAUUCAGCUUUCUAACAAAAAUCUUUUCUAUGAGAAUUGUCUACAGGUCUAUGUGAAUUGCGAAUUCUCUAUGUGAAUUGUUGUAGCAAGAUGGCGAAAAAGAGCUGAAAGAAGAAAAUAAUGCGCAAAACUCUCUUUUUGUGAAAUGAUCAACAUGCCAUAAGUCAUGCUAAUUCAGUUGGAUUUUGCCUCCUGAAUAGUUUGUCAAUUUCGAAUUUUCCAAUUUUUGAUCCAGUUUACCCAAGAGAAGCCGUUGAGAUCGUCAUUGAAGUACCAAACGUUUAAGCUAUGAAUGCUCAUGAUGUGUUUCGUGAUCUGUGUGAGCCUGUUAUUCAUUUAGCGGUAGCAUGAGUUAAAUUAAUUUGCUUUACAUUAAACUUUACACACCGAGAAGAGACAAAAACGGGGGUUUUCCUCAAUUUGAAGACACGGAAGGGAGAAAUCCUAUCCCUCUUGACCUCUUCAUUAUCUGACAAAGCGAAAUGAAGACCUCUUUGGACUUUUAAGACGGAGUCUUCCUUGGGAAUUUCCCAUUCAUUCCAAAAUUACAAAAAGCUGCUGUCAGCACUUUUUGCACCAUUUUGGGGUGACACGAGAUGCACAAAGAUGACUCUUGUCAUUUCACUCUGUAGGACAUGACUGUCGAUGAGCAAUGUCUUUCGCUAGUUAUUUCGAAACUAGACUGAUAAUCACCGCGAAAAUCCUGAGAAUUUAAGUUUUGUGUAACGUGUAUGACUCAUUGCCGAUGCAACUGUCCGGUGACAUCCCUUCUCUAUUGAAAUGAGAUAUGUAGGAUGAUUCAAGUUUUGUUCCCUGCGCUUGUGCAUAGGGUUGGAGGUAUUCAUAAACCACCAUAUCAGAAAAGAAAAGAAAACCGUGCAGAAAUAUUGCUUGCCUUUUGAAGUUGUAAGAGCGAUGGACUGAAAGAAAAGAAAGGUUAUUGAAGACAGUGUUAAAUUGUCCAGACGGGUCAGACACUGUUGAGUUGUAGGAAAAGACAAAAUUAACAAAACAAAUCUUCAGAAUACAAAUUGCCAGUUGUUUGGGACGGUUACUUGUUGAAGGAUAUCAACUGCAUCUUUACAUUAAACAUGACUUUGCAGUUUUCUCUUUCUCUUUGAUCGGAGAGAAAAAAUAGUUGUCUUUGAACUGUUGCCUCAAAUUGUUGUCACAUUGUGUGAGAUAAGACCCUUAAAGAUACUGGGAGCAGACCAAAGAGAUUCCUAUUGUAGAAAUCUGGCAAACGAAACCUCCAACUCUCGUUGAUAGAACCACUUCUAUUUUCAAGAAUGAUUCACUGAGCGAUAUGAAAUUUGUCGUUCUAGUGUCGUCUACUGAAAGUAAAAGUAAAAAAGUGAUCCCAGCCUAAAAGUUUGUUCUUGCAAUCAAAAGUCCGGUGUUCUUUGCCACGUUCUAUGGUCAAAUGGCGGAGACUAAAGACUCUAUUCAACUGCCUUACACCAGAAAAAACAUCUAUCAACCAUCUCCCGAUGUCACGAACAUUUUGGUUGUUUUUCCGCAAAUUCGUUAAAUCGAGGUUUUCGAUGUAGCGAACCGUCGACAUAACGAAACAGUUUCCCUAGUCCCUUGGCACUUCGUUACAUCGAGGUUCCACUGUAACGACGCACUUUACCUGUUCAUUUUCCUUUUAAAUUUUUGUUACGAUCUUAUAUCUUAAAAGGCACCAAAUAGGUUCUUCGAUUCUCGCCCGCGCACAAGAUGGAUGCAUUGAUACUAACGUGAACCGUUAAAUUUCUUUAAAGGCAGAAAUAUUAAGAUUUGAAUUGAAAAAGGUUCUAUGUACCCCUUUCCUCGUCCCAGACCCUCUCCGCAAUCCUCUCUAUCAUUCAGCGUGUGCAAAAAGAUGGUAGACACGUUAUGAGUCAGUCAUUCUGCUGCAUUUUUUAUUUCGGUAGAAUUUCCAGAUUGAUCAAACAACAAUAUUAGUCAAAAUGUUGGAAUAUAUCAGAUUAAAUGAAACCGUUUGGUCAUCGUAACUUCGUGAGCAAAGGCUGAAAGAGCUUGGAAACGAGGAAUUUAUUCCUUUGCGUUACUCGAGGAACAACUGUGUCGCGUCAACUGAUUCCCUUGACGUCAAAGGUUUAUAGUAUUUAAUAGAGUUUAAUUUGUGAAGAGAACUGAGAGCAAAACCUGGCAAUGGCUGCUGAAGAUAAUUGGCAGACGGAACUUCCAACUCUCGUCGAAAGAACUGCCUUCAUUUUCAACAACGAGAUAUUGAGCGAUGUGAAGUUUGUUGUUCCUGUGUCGACUGGUGAAAGUGAAAGUAAGAAGGUGAUCCCAGCUCACAAGUUUGUGCUCGCAAUCAGUAGUCCUGUGUUCUUCGCCAUGUUCUAUGGUCGAAUAGCGGAGACUCAAGACUCUAUUGAACUGCCUGACUGUGAGUACGAGAGUCUGUUGGAGUUGUUCCGUUUCUUGUACACCGACCAAGUGAAUUUAAGCGGAAGUAAUGUGAUGCAAGUGCUGUACUUAGCGAACAAAUAUCUGGUGCCCUCGCUUGUCAAGAAAUGCAAAGAAUAUCUUCGAAGCCACCUGAUAGCAUCGAACGUGUUUUGUAUUCUGCCACACGCACAGAAAUUUGAAGAUAAAGACUUAGAAGAUCGAUGCUGGAUAGUAAUUGAGGAGCAGACCGAAGAAGCGAUGACGUCAGAUGAAUUUGUUACAGUUGAGCGAUCUGUUGUCGAAUCUGUUGUGAAGAGAGAAGUGUUGAAUGUGACAGAAGUGGAACUGUUCAAAGCUGUUAAUCGCUGGGCCACAAAAGAAUGUGAAAGGCAAGGUGUGACUUCCGAUGGAGAGACAAAGAGACGAAUUCUUGGAGAAGAAAUUGUGAAAGGAAUACGCUUUCCGUUGAUACCACAGAAGGAUUUUGCAUCUGUUGUAUUUGAUUCGCGAAUCUUAAAUUAUGAAGAGUUUGGAAACAUGACAAAAUACUACAACGGUCUGAUAAAUACUCCUUUGCCGUUCUUAAAGGCCAGUAGAAUUGAUUCCACUGUGCACCGAUUCUGCAGGUUUAAAACGUUUUGUUCCCCAAGGGUUUUCUGGAAUUACGAUGAGACUCCUGACUCUAUCAUUCUCACUGUCAGGAAGCCUGUUAGACUUCACGGAGUUCAGCAUUUUGGCUCAGAAGGCGGUGAGUAUACAGUUACAACAGACAUUGUUGAUCUCGUGGACAACACUUCGCUUGCGAGUCGAGCAGGAAAUUAUGCUUCAGAAAAAAGCGAUGCCAAUGCUUAUUAUGGCUUUGAUGUGUUAUUCGAUCGUCCGGUUAUUUUGAAGGCAGAUAAAGAAUACAAAGUAAAGUCGCUCAUCAAGGGCCCCAACCCGUGGUACGGCAAAGACGGGCAAGCAUCAGUGGAGUGCCAGGGAGUGCAAUUUACAUUUCGUAGCUCGAAGUAUGGCUAUAUUGCGACCGAUGAAAAGAGAGGACAGAUUCCUGGAAUUUUGUUUUCAGUAUUCAAGUAAAAAUUCUAACGUUACCCAAACCGUCCCUUUUACGUAGAGCCCUGUGAAAGUCUAAUAGGUCAGGUAGUAUUGGAUCAAUUGUAUCAGUCAUCGCGGAUGUCCAGGUAUACACAUGUGGAUCCUUUGACAAACACAGCGGAUAUAAAACUACAAGUUAGAUCGCUAAGCGGACCUAUCAGAGUUGACCCAAAACUCUUGUUAGAUGUGAUCCUUAUAAGUCAGUUAGAGAACCCUAUUGUUUAUAGAAUGAAUAAUAAUUUGGUAGCUAAAUGUUGUUUUAAGCAAUGGAAUAAAAUAUUUCGUAUGCUCUCCUUUACUUUCUUGUAAAUGUAAGAAGUCGAAUUAAAAAACAUACCAUUCAAGGCUGGAAAGGAAUUUUCAACAAAAACAGUACUAGUAGGCUUCCAAAGUCUGGCUAAUAAAUAUUACAAGUGACAAAUUUUUGUCGUAGACUCAGCGCGGACAAGUUAGAACAAAGCAUUUUGAUUGAGACAAAAGAAAUUGAGACGAUAGCGAGCCCACGUUAUCAGAUCUAUUGGUUUUAUCAACUGAGUUGAUAAUGUAAAUCGGCCACCGGAAAAAGUUUGUAAAGCUUACUUUUAGAGCGUUAGCCCUUCGUCUCACUUUAAAGAAGGGUCAAUGCUUGAAACGUCGUCAGCUUCAGAAACUCCCCUUUCUUUAGUCAGUAUAAGAUUUAGAUCAAAUAGACCCACGAAUCCUAUCGAGCUCAUUGGCUAGCUGAACUGUUCUGUUAUAUGCUGAUGGCAAAGGAAGCGACGAUCUUCUGCUUUAAGUUAAAAAUGAAAAAGCGAAGAGAGACAAAAACGGGGGUUUCCCUCAAUUUGAAGGCACCGAAGCGAAAAAAUCCCAUUCCUCUUGACCUGUCCAUCAUCUGACAAAGCGAAAGAAAACCCUCUUUGGACUUCGAAGACGCAGUCUUCCUUGGCUUUCCCGUUCAUUCCAAAAAUACAAAAAGCUGCUGUUAGCACUUUUUGCAUUAUUUUGCACUGACACGAGACACACAAAGAUGACUCUUCUUGAUUCACUCUGCAAGACGUGAUUGUCGAUGAGCAAUGUCUCUCGCUAGUUAUUUGGAAACUAGGCUGAUAAUCACCGAGAAAAUUCUGAGAAUUGAAGUUUUGUGAGACAUAUGUGACUCAUCAUCUGAUGCAACUGUCUGGUGACAUCACUUCUCUCUUGAAAUAAGAUAUGGAUUUAUUCAAUUUUUGUUCCCCGCGCUUGUGCUAAGGGUUGAAGAUAUUCAUAAACCAUCUUACCAGAAAAUAAGAGAAAACCGUGCAGAAAUAUUACUUGCCUUUUGAAGUUGUAAGAGCGAUGAACUGAAAGGAAAGAAAGGUUAUCGAGGACAGUGUUAAAUUUUUCCGACGAGUCAGACAUUGUUCAGUCGUAAGAAGAGACAAAAUUAAUAAAAUUAAUCUUCGUUAUUUAAAUUUUCCAGCUGCUUAGAGCGGUUACCUGUUGGAAGAAAUUUGGCAGACGAAACUUCCAACUUGUUGAUAGAACCACCUCUAUUUUCAACAAUGAGUUACUGAGCGAUGUGAAAUUUGUCGUUCCGGUGUCGACUUCUGAAAGUGACAGUAAGAAAGUGAUCCCAGCUCACAAGUUUGUUCUUGCCAUCAGUAGUCCUGUGUUCUUUGCCAUGUUCUAUGGUCAAAUGGCGGAGACUAAAGACUCUAUUGACCUGCCUGACUGUGAGUACGAGAGUCUGUUGGAGUUGUUCCGUUUCUUGUACAGCGACAAAGUGAAUUUAAGCGGAAGUAAUGUGAUGCAAGUGUUGUACUUGGCGAAGAAAUACAUGGUGCCUUCACUCUUUGACAAGUGCACAGAAUAUCUUUGCGACAACUUUUUUAUUUUUUUUAAAUUUUUUUAA